GGGGGGGAGCCCGGGGCAACCGGAACGAGGAGGAAAGGGGGGGAAUUGGGGAAUUGGGGAGGGGAUCGGGGAUCCGGGGUGUCCCGGGCAGAGCCCAUUGCGGGGAACCCUCCCGCAGGUUGAGGCGGAUCCGCUCCCAGCCCCAGUUCUGCGGGGAGGGGGGUGCGGGGAUCAUUAGCGGAGCUCCGGUCCGUGGGGCCGGCCAGGCGCGUCCCCCCAUGCGGGCAGCAGCCGGCGCUGGGCCAUGAGCAACGCCACGGCCCCCACGGCCCCGGGCGCGGCGGGGGACUCGCUGGUGGGCUCCGUGCUGGGACCCUUCCUCCUCCUCACCCUCCUCGGCGCCCUCCUGGCUGCGGUGAUGUACGUCAAGAAGAAGCGCAGGUCCGACCGGCUGCGGCACCGGCUGCUGCCCAUGUACAGCUACGACCCGGCGGAGGAGCCGCCCGAGUCGGAGCAGGAGCUGCUGGUGGAGGCUGAGGAGGCUCAGGUGGUGCCCGGCUGGGGGGGACCCUCUUCCCCCUGGCCCCCGCGCAGGGACUGGAGGGCCUGACCCUGCCUGGAGCACCGGGACCAGAUCCUGCCCACGGGAGGGACGGGAGGACGGUGUCAGCACUGGUACCACCAGCCAAAACUACAGGAUGUGCCACGGUGGUGCCACAGCCACUGCCCCCACCUCUGAGCACUGACCAGGACAUCUCCCACCUCAGUGCCUGAUUUUGCUUUUUUUUUUUUCCUGCUUGAACUGCUCCAGCAGCCCCUUGGAAAGCGCCGGGAGGGCUCACAGGGGCUGGGGCAGUGGCAGGGAGCAGCAGGCACGGGAUGCCUGGGGGAAGUGGGAUAAAUAAACGUGUCUCUGCCUUGGCCCCGAGGCUCGGUGUGGGGCUGGGGUUUCCCGGCCUUGGGCGGGAUUUUGGGGGGCAGAAGGGCUUUGCCUGUUUGUGUUUCCAUCGGCAGCUCAUCGCCGUGGA